CAGAUAGAAACGUUAUCCCCCCCCUCGCUUCUGUAUCGGGGAGGGGGGGUGUUUUCACCUGGAGAAAUAAAAGUGGCUCGCUGUUGUUUUGUGGUCAGGAGGAACAUAAGAUCUAUAAUGCGUACUGUGGAAGCAUUGUUUGAGCAUGGCCUCUUUCCAACAACGGUUAACGGAAGGCCCGUAACGGCUUCGGAAUCCUCUAGAAACGUAUGCUCUCUCUCACACGCCGUUCCGUUACGAGGAGUUGUGCGUUCGUGAGGGCCACGACGGCCCAACUCCCUUUUCGGUGUUUUUUUUUAAAAAUUAUUUAAAGGGCGUUCAAGUGCGAAGAAUUCACCGUUGGCAGAAAAGGAGCAACGGUUCUGGGAACUCCAGGGGGAAAAGGCCGCCGUCUUCAGUGCGGAACCUUUGGCGCGUAGCCUUUGUUUCCUGGCGGAGGAAAACUGCGUGGCGUACCUUCUUGAUGACCGCCGGGCGCCUUGUCGUUUACUAGCUGGCGGAGGAAACCUUGUGGCAGAUGGAGGAAAAAUAUCAUUAAUCAGAAAUAGACAGCAUUAUUCCUGUUUGGAUAAGAAGUUUGUGAAAAGCUGUUCAUCACAGAAGACUCUGGUUUUAUUACUGUUGGUAUGGCUUUAUUUCUCAGAGUGCUGGAUGCUGUUGGCCCUCUAAAUAAAAGUCAUGGUCCAAAUGGCCUGUGUUUGUUGCUUAGACCUUUUAUUGAAGAUUACAAUCCAAGGUGGUACAGCAGCUACAGGAGACCAGGAACAGCACCUGAUAAUACUCCACCAUGGAAGAACAUUCACAUUGACUUGAAAAAGGGAGUGGAAGUGAUCAAGGAACAUUCGCGACGUCUAAAAAAGGAAAUAGUUGAUCAUUUAAGAGGAGUUGAUGGACUUACAUUGUCAGAGUAUCUUACGGAACAGACAAGGGUGGUCUGGCAGUUUCGUAGUGAAGAAGACUUGAAACAAUGGGUGAUCUCUUCUGAUGCUGAAAUUGGAGGGAAAAGUGAAGUCUAUCUAAAACUAGGAAAAAAUAACCAGUCUGCUGUGCUGUAUGGGACCAUCGAUACUACUGUACCACGUGAUGGAGAGACAAAAUAUAGUGGCUAUUGUGCCAUGAAAACAAAACCACGACUGGGUGCCUUUAAUCGGGACAGACCUUAUGAUUGGACAAAUUUCAAUAGCCUGCACCUGCGUGUUCGUGGUGAUGGUAGACCCUGGAUGAUAAACAUAUAUACCAACCCAUAUUUCUCUCAUACUAAAGAUAUCCUCUAUAAUUACUUCAUGUUCACACGAGGAGGCCCAUAUUGGGAGGAAAUCAGGAUUCCAUUUUCUAAGUUCUUUUAUUCAGUCCGUAGUAGAAUCCAGGAUGACCAACAUCCUCUCCUUGUAGAUAAGAUCAGCACUUUAGGAUUCACUCUGGCUGACAAAGUAGAUGGUCCAUUCCAGCUAGAGAUUGACUACAUUGGUUUGAUCAGAGAUGGAGCACAUUCUGAGGAUUGUGCCUAUGAGCUAUAUGAAAAGAAUCCCAAGAAUCCCAAGUAGAAUGUAUUGUAUCUGUGUAAUUACUGCCUCAGUAUAUUUAUUGUCACAACGGAGGAGUGAGAUGAUCAACUAGAAUUCAAACAGCAGAAGGAGGACUGAAGUCUCAGCCUACAAAAACGGGUUAGCACAGCCCUUCCCUAUGAGAUGGGGCUCUGUUUAGCUCAGCUGCUUUAAGGUAUAAUAAAGACAUGUCAGAAGAUAACAAAGAUGACCAUGUUUAUGUAUAUGUACACACUGGCUUGCCUUUCACACAUUAAAGAUGAUUGUGGUGAUUUUCGUGUUGUAGAAC